AUGGCACACCAAGACAACCAGAGACAGCAGGACAGCCCCAAGAAAAGAAAGGGACGCAUAUACGUGCAUGUCCUUAUUGUAAGGUGUCAUCAGUCCCACAUCGAUUUUAUCAGCCCUAUGAAGGCAUCAAAUCAGAACAAGAGGGCUGAGGAGCGUGGCAAGAACGAUGUGCAAGUAGGCAGACUAUUCAUUACCUCAAGGAAGGUAGAAGAGAUAGUAGAUGGCGAUGAGUCCUGA